CACCCCUGCGCUACUGCACCUCAACAUGUACGCGGUCAAUUGGGCUUUUGCAUUCGCCUUUUGGGCAGGUCUGGCUGCUGCAACACCGAAAUGCAACCCAUCCAAGUACAUCACCGUCGAGACAGCGAAUGGACCGAUUACUGGCCAUGUCGCGGAUAAUUCGCCGUGUGUCGUUGAGUAUCUGGGUAUCCCGUAUGCGAAACCGCCGGUGGACAAGUUGAGGUUUGCGGCUCCUCAGCGAAUCACGUCUUACUCAAAGAAGCCAUUCAAGGCGGAAAGCUUUGGAUACGAUUGUCCAUUGACGACGAGUAAGAAGGUUGAUUAUCCUGAUAUGACGCCUCAGGCUCAGCAGAUCAUUUCAUACUUUGCAAGCGCGGCGGGAACUCCUCAGAGUGAGGAUUGUUUGACACUUAAUAUUUGGUCAAAGGCCACGCCUAACUCAGCAAGGGCAAACAAACCCGUAUUGGUCUUUUUCUACGGUGGCCGAUUCGCUAUUGGAAACACCGACAGUCCUUUCUACAAUGGCAAAUACUUCGCUGACGCAGAGGAUAUCGUCGUCAUCACCGUCAACUACCGCAUCAACAUCUUUGGCUUCCCCGGUGCGCCCGGGGAGACUCAAAAUCUAGGUCUGCGCGAUCAACGAGCUGCUGUUGAGUGGGUUCGCGACAAUAUCUGGAGGUUCGGCGGUAACCCUUCAAAGAUCACAAUCGCUGGCCAAUCUUCUGGUGGCGUAGCUGUUGACUACUGGACAUAUGCCUACAAGAAGGAUCCGAUUGUCAAUGGAAUCAUCGCUCCAUCGGGCAACGCUUUUAGUUUCCCUGUCAACUCCGCUGCCGUCCAGGAGAAGAAUUGGGAUUCAGUUGUGUCAACUGUCGGAUGUAACACUACCAGUGAUGUAAUGACUUGCAUGCGCAAGGUUGACUGGGAGGAUAUAAAGAAGGCAGCUGCUGGUAUCAAGCCUGUUGCUAGCUCCAGCGUCCUCCGAUCCAUCCCUCCAUUCUACCCCAAGCCAGAUAACGAGAUUGUCUUCUCAGACUACGUUAGUCGAACCAAGAGUGGAAACUUUGUCAAAGUUCCCAUCCUGUUUGGCAAUAACAAUAACGAAGACGGAUACUACCGUAUUCCCGCCUACGGAAAUGGAGUUGUUCCUACCGACGCCCAAGUCAAAUCAUUCCUUCUCGAAUCCUUCACCUGUCCCGUAUCCUACCAGGCCAAGGCACGACGAGAUCACAAUGUACCGUCAUGGGCGUACCGAUAUCUGGCAGACUGGGAUAAUACGAGAUUGUUCCCUACAAGUGGCGCGUACCAUGGUGUUGACCUGCACAUGAUCUUCGGCGCAUCUGGCGAUGUCAGUGGUAUUGAGCCAUCUGCAGACCAGAAGAGACUCACCAAGAUCAUGCAGCAUGCUUGGUUCUCUUUUAGCGAUGAUCCUUCAUCUGGUCUGAGUAAGCUUGGUUGGCCCAAGUUUGAUCCGAACCGUAAUACAUUAAUUGAGCUAGGUAAGGGUACGAAGCCUCGUGUCGACUUUGUGAAGCCUUCUGUUUACGACGCUGCUUGCUCAACAGUCACGAUGGGGGCGCUUUCGACUUCUUCAUAGGAUAGAAAACUUUUGUCAUACUUUGGUGUUGAGUUUGGAAAUUUGAAAGCAGUACAUAGUCCAAGCAGCCCUCGAGCUGCUCCUUCAUAAUGGUAUUAAGCGAUGAAUUCCAAGUCCAAA